UACCAUCUGCACUAUCUCCACCAUGAAGAUGCUGGCUGUGUCUCUACUGGUUUGUGUCAUGAUGGCACUGACCACAGCUGUUGCUCUUCCAGAAGCAGACCCUGAAAAGAGUGACAAAGUCAGGAUAUCAACAGUUUGUCCCAGUGGUUGGACUGGUUACAGCGGUCGCUGUUUCCUCUAUGUUCAAACACCCUUGACUUGGGCUGAUGCUGAGGAAUAUUGUCAGGCCUAUGGUGGAAACCUUGCAUCAGUGCACAACAUUGAUGAGCAUCAUAUCAUUCAAAGUAUGAUACUGAGAAUAACUCACACGUAUCCAGUCGCAUGGCUCGGAGGCUCCGAUGCAGAACAGCAUGGUACUUGGCUCUGGAGUGAUGGUUCACCUUUCAGCUUUUCAUACUGGGCUCCAGGGAUGCCUGACCAUUAUGGAUCAGCAGUCUGUUUGAUGAUGAACUAUGGAGAUUAUAAGAGAUUUGACGACGAUCAUUGCAGGGAAAAACAUCCGUUUGUCUGUGCCAGAAACGAAUGAGAUCUCUUUGGAUGAUGCAAAGAAAUGCAAUACCUGUCACAACCAGAGGAAGUGGGUGGAAGUGUGAUGAUGUGUUUGCAUACUUAACUAUCUUUGUGUCCUCAUCACAUGUAGGCUCCUGCAUGUAGUAAUCCAUACUUCUUUCCUAUUGCUGUAACACUACUCAAGGAACAAGUUUGUGCUUUUAGUACAAACUGAUUCCAGAGAGUGAACCAGUGUUUCUUGU